CAAAGGUUAGGUAAUAAGGAAGAUCAUGAAUUCAAUAAGUUAAUAUAAUAGAUAAAUUAAUAAUUAAAGAACUCUCUAAAAUGAUUUAAUUGCAUUUUCACUUAUUUUCAAAACAAAAUAUAUACCAAAGAUAGUUAGAAACUUCUUUCUAGUAUCUUGAUCUAGAGUUGUUGCGAACUAGCCCUUAAAUCUUCUUGACGCACGUGUAUUUCUCACAUGUGUAACCUACAUUUAUUUUUCAUUCAAAUAGAAGUACUUAAAAUAAAACUUUACUGGCUAAACAGAAAGAAAUCAUUUAUUAUUGAUUUUUUAUAAACUGUGAUAAAUUGUGAUUUAUUUGUAUGAAUACUUAUUGUAUGUUUCAGAUAAUAGCCAUUAAAACUAAAAACAUUAAAAUUUGUAGAUAAUGAUAAAUACUGAUAGAUAAUAAUAUUAUAUAUUUAAAUUUAUGUUUCACCUCUCAUACCAAAAAUAAAUACAGUAUUGUAAUUUAAUUUGAACUGUUUGUCUUCCAUGAGUCAAAAUGGUCUCCCAAAUAUUUGAUGAUUCCCCUAAAGAAAUGCAGUUAAUAAAUUCAGAUAAUGAUUCACAAAGUCAAAAGCAAAUGGAUAAUAUUGAAAAAAUACAAAUGAAAAAACAACUUGGUCUAUUAGAAGGUGUUGCAAUUAUUGUAGGAAUUAUAUGUGGUUCAGGUAUUUUCAUUUCUCCAAAAGGUGUAAUUAUAGAAGUUGGAAGUGUCGGACUAUCUUUAAUUAUUUGGGUUUUAUGUGGGUUACUUUCUAUGAUUGGAGCAUUAUGUUAUGCUGAAUUAGGGACUUGUAUACCACGUAGUGGUGGUGAUUAUGUUUAUAUCUGUGAAUCUUUUGGUGCUUUACCUUCUUUUUUGUAUUUAUGGGCAGCUAAUUUAAUUGUUGUUCCAACUACAAAUGCUAUUAUGGGAUUAACUUUUGCACAAUAUGUUUUGCAACCAUUUUUUCCAAAUUGUGCUAUUCCAGAAAAUAGUGUACGAUUAAUAGCAGCUAUCACCAUCUGUUUACUCACAUUCGCAAAUUGUCAUGAUGUUAAAGAAACAUCUAAAAUGCAGAAUGUAUUCAUGUUCACUAAAAUUGGAGCCUUAACAAUUAUAAUAAUUGCCGGAUUGGCCUGGGUGUUAUUAGGUCAUACAGAAAAUUUUGAAAAUGCCUUUGAAAAUACUGUAACUGACCCCGGUAAAAUUGCAGUAGCAUUUUAUUCUGGUAUAUUUUCAUAUUCUGGAUGGAAUUAUUUAAACUUUAUGACAGAAGAAUUAAAAGAUCCUUACGUAAAUUUGCCACGAGCUAUCUAUAUAUCAUUACCUUUAGUUACUUGUAUAUAUGUGUUUGCAAAUGUCGCAUAUUUAUCAGUGUUAACACCAACUGCUAUGAUUGCUUCUCAUGCAAUAGCUGUGACUUUUGGAGAUCAUCUACUUGGUGUGAUGGCUUGGACAAUUCCAGUAAUGGUAGCUAUAUCUGCAUUUGGAGGAUUAAGUGUUCAUAUUAUGACAUCGUCUCGAUUAUGUUUCGUUGGUGCUAGGAAUGGACAUUUUCCUUCAAUGUUAGGUCACAUUAAUGUUUCAAGAUUUACACCUACGCCUGCUUUAGUAUUCCUUUGCAUUUUAUCUUUAAUAAUGCUAUGUACAAGUGAUAUCUUUGUAUUAAUCACGUACUGUAGCAUAGUUGAAUCAUUUUUCAUUAUGCUCUCAGUAGCUGGUGUUCUGUGGCUUCGUUACAAAGAUCCUAAUAUGAAUAGACCAAUUAAGAUGCCUCUAUGGAUUCCUAUCUCAUUCGUGGCUAUAUGCGCAUUUUUAGUGAUUGUUCCUUGUUAUGAAAGGCCAUAUGAAGUCGGUAUAGGUACUCUAAUAACUUUAUCUGGUAUUCCAGCUUAUUUUUUCGGUGUCCAAUGGAAAAAUAAGCCGAUAUGGUUUCAAAAAAUUUAUUUUAAAAUAACUUAUACUGUACAGAAGUUAUUUAUGUCUGCUACUGAGGAUAGAGACAUCUGAUUUUAGAUAUAAAUUUAGACACAACUCAAACUUUAUACAAUUUUGAUCUGCUUUCAUUAUUCUGAUGUUACCUAUACAUAUUUAUGAAAGUAACCCGUGCGUUACUAAUAAUUACCACAUGACUGUGUUCUUCAUAUAUAGAGUUUGUACAUGUAUUAUAAAACGUAUUAUUGUCUAGCGUAGAAAAAUUAUUUAUCAUUAUCUAUUUAUUAUUUAUUUCGAGCAAACAUAAUUGCCUUGUGUUUAAUCAUAGGCAGUGGGAUUAUGUUAGUAUUAAAAGAAUCUUGCAUAAUUGUUUUUAUAACAAAUUCGUAUAACAUUUGUGAAAAUCUAUUCUUAUAAGUAUUAAUGUGUUUUCUACUCUUUACAAUCUACUAUAUCAAAUAUUAAAUAAUAAAUGUUAACUGCAGAAACUAAAUGUUGUUGUAUGAUUUUGUUGAAGUUAUUAAAGACACGAUAACUAUAUGUAAUUAUAACACGAACGUAUUUAAAGGUAUUUAAUAAUCAUGUCUAUAAGUAGCAUAUUGAAAUAUUCAUCAUAACUACUACAACGUCAUUAAUGUACAUUUUAUUUGUAUAUUUUGAAUUAGAUAUAACGCAGUCUUUAAAUUAUCG